CUUGAAUUCAAGUGAUCGACUAAUACAGUUUACCAAAUUUAAGGCGGUUUUAUACUACGUAACUAUCUGCCUGCAACGACAGAAGUUUUCACAUUUUAUCCAUUUUCACCUUAGCGUCAUCAUCAAAUGCAAUCUGCUGUAUUUUCCUUCAUUAGAGCAAAUGUCACUCAUCCUUGAAUUGUGGUAAUCCAUAACCGAUGAUUGCGUCAUUCCAAACUCAUCACUUAUUACUUCCUUGUACGACUAACCGUUAUUCAUUUGGUAACAUUUUCACUUUACUCUUGGAAACUGUUGACUAUUGAGGACUUUUCAAGAGAAUUGUUAAAUGUCACAUUUGAAAAGAAAGUAAUUGGUUCCUAGAAAGAAGUGGUAGAUUAACCUACUUGCGGACAUUGUCCAUCAGCAAUUGAUCGAUGGAAAACAGCAGGUCGAAUGGUUCACUGAGUUUUGGCCUGCGUCUCUUUUCGGUUGGCGAAAUCGAGCCACAUUGGAAACGAAACACAUCUAUUGUUUUUUUAGUUUGAUGCAUCAUUUUUAUGUGUAGCCUUUAAAAAGGGCUCGCUGAAUUCGAUUUCAACAUCAGUCGAUUGCUGUCAAGGGAACAAUACGCUUCAAGUCGCCCUCAAGAUGAUGUCCAUUCAAUUAAUGAUCUUUACUUCUUUGGUAAUUGUCGUGCUAUCGUCACCUGAGCCGGAAGAACUGAAAGCUCUUACGCCAGUCUAUGGCCCUCAGCCCAAGUACGAGAAAAUCGAGAUUCCCCAUUGCGCUAAAAACACUACAAAGGCUUGGUGUCUGGAGGACUCCGAGUAUCCUCAGUACGAGAUCCAGCAAGCCCUUGAACGACACUACCAGGCCGGUUUGCUAGACUUGUACAAAGAUGUGUUGGCGAAAACUGCCAGCUCGGUGGACGGACUCGACAAGUUGAGCGAUGAGGUUUACCUUUGCCCCAGUACCACCGGUUAUGUCCAACCUCUUCGGGCCAUCAACGUCAAUGGCAAGUGGCGGACGAUCGUCAAUCGAGUCGAAUCUUACGGCAUCAAAUACACCCAAACGGCUCGUGUUGAAGAAUGCAAUGUGGUCGUCGGUACAUCAUGUUCACUGGUCCCGUCUUGUUACCAGUCCAAAUGCGUUCAGAAGACCGUCUUCCAUCGAUUUUUGGUCUACGACGCCAAUGAUUACACUUUCCCCUUUUCCUUGGAGAAAUUCAGACUGCCUGGAUCUUGCGGAUGCGUUGUAGGAGCUUUCCACAGUCUGUAAAAAACUGGAAUUUUUUGUUUGUAAUUUGCAUGCACAGUGUAGACUAACAAUUGACACGGACAAGUUUUUGCUGCUUUUCUUGCCACUAUUUGACGUUACUUUAAAAGACGAAUACACUUCAACUUAAUUGA